AUGAGUUCCUCUGCUGGCAUCUCCAUGGAUGACACUUUCUUGGAUAAAUUCAUGUCUUACCUGAAGGGCUUGGAUCAGUAUCAGCUGGAGGAAUUUAAACUUUGCCUCCAGUCCCCACAGCUGAUGCCUGAGAACUUCCCGAAGAUCCCCUGGACAAACUUGAAAGCCGUUGGUCCCAGUAACCUAUUCUGUCUGUUGAGUGACUACUUAUCGGUACCACAGAUACGGGAUGUGACCCUCUGCAUCUUUGAGAAUAUGAAGCUGAUGUCACGAUGUGAGGAGAUAAGAGCAGAGAUGAACGGCACAAGUGUGCUGUCUUUGGUGGACGACGGGUUUAAGAGCUCAGGUUCUUAUGUCAGACCUGGAUUCAAAGACGGGGUCUACCUCACCAACUGUAACCCUGGUCAAACUUGUCAGCGAAAUGGUUCUCCUGAGAAUGUGCAUCAUGGUGGAGCUGUUUUCACCCUGGGCAUCUCACGAUCCCACCACCGAUGUUUGGUUUCAGAGAGCACACAAGCGUUGGGGCUCCAGGAUCCAGGCCAAGAAGAACCUGAGGUUCCAGAAGAAGAAACAGCCCACAGGAGAAAGUACAGAGAGAGGAUGAAGGAUAAAAUACUGCUGAUGUGGGACAGUAUCCCUUGGCCCGAAGGCCACAUCUAUCUCCGUCACAUGACCGAGCAGGAGCACGAAGAGCUGAGGAGCCUACUGUAUCCUAACAGGACUGGAGCCCAGCCCGAGACCAUCAUCUUGGGGGGCAGAGCAGGGGUUGGGAAGACCAUCCUGGCCAUGAAAGUCGUGCUGCAUUGGGCAGAGGGCUCUCUCUUUCAGCACAGAUUCUCCUAUGUUUUCUAUAUCAGCUGCCACAAGCUUCAAAGAAUGAGGGACACCACCUUUGUUGGCCUGCUUUCCCAGGACUGGCCCGACUCUCAGAUCCCCCUCACCGAGUUGAUCAAUCAUUCUGAAAGACUCCUGUUCAUCGUUGACGGCUUUGAGGAAAGUGCUGUGUCCUCCACCCUGGAGAGGAGCCCACCCUGUUCAGACUGGUAUACGCCACUCCCAGGGGACAGACUCAUCCUCCACUUGCUGAAGAAGGAGUUGGCGCCCCAGGCUACCUUACUGAUAACAGCCCGUGACACUCAGAUUGCCUAUCUUAAAAAGUUGUUACCGAACCCAUACUUCAUCUUCAUCUCAGGCUUCACAGAGGAAGACCGGGGGGAGUACUUCAUCAGGUUCUUUGGUGACCAAGACAAAGCUAAUGCAAUCUUGAGAUGGCUAAGACAAAAUGAAACUCUCUUUGAUUGGUGUUCUGCCCCCCUGGUCUGCUGGACUGUCUGUUCCAGCCUGAUGUGGCAGAUGACAAGAAAUCCUUCUUUCGAGAUGAGCACCCAGACCGUGACCAGUAUCUAUGCCUAUUUUUUUUCCCAAUUGUUCACAACAGCAGAGGUGAAUUUGUCGGAUCAGAGCUGGCCAGAGCAGUGGAGAGCCCUCUGCUCUCUGGCUGCAGAAGGAAUGUGGUGCUUGAAUUCUGUAUUUGCGAAAGAGGUCCUGGAACACUGCCAUCUGGAGGCCUCUUUUAUUGAUUAUCUCUUGAGGUUGAAUAUUCUUCAAAAGGUCAUUGACUGUGAGGGCUGCAUCGCUUUCACUCACCAAAGUUUCCAGAUGUUUUUUGGGGCCAUGUUCUAUCUGCUCCGGGGGACAGAAGGAUCUGUUGGUGGACUUCCAAAGUUUGACGAGAUAAAGGUGUUCAUAAAUGGUGUCUUCACUGACACCAACCUGUACUGGCAUCAGAUAGCGCUUUUUCUCUUUGGUCUUUUCAAAAGAGACUUAGCACGAGAACUAGAAGUUAGUCUACACUGUGAAAUGUCUCCCAGGGUAAUAUAUGCAUUAUUAGAUUGGACGGAAGCGUUGGCUGUGGAUAAUCCUGCCUACAUCCAUUUCGAGUUCCUUCAGUUUUUUCAGUGCUUGCAUGAGAUGCAGGAUGAAAACCUUGUGCAGAAGGUUUUGAAUCGCCUCCUUGAAGCUGAUAUUGACAUCGAUAAGAAUGAGGGACUCCAUGCUUCGUCCUUAUGCCUGAAGCACUGUCCAAAGUUAACUAAGCUGAGGCUCUCCAUCAGCAGUCCCAUUCCUCAAGAUUAUGAACUUGUAAAGAGUAAGAAAUUUAUGGUUGUCGAUUUUAAGAUGCGUCAGUGGCAGGAUAUUUGCUCCGUGUUCUGCAAUGGACAUAUGAGAGAGCUGGACUUGAGUAACAGCAAGCUUAAUACAUUAUAUAUGAAGAAACUCUGUCACGAGCUUGGAAGUUCGAGGUGCAAACUCCAAAAGCUGAUGUGCAAAUCGAUGUCUCCGGUGGGGAUCCUGAAGGAGCUCGUCCUUGUCCUUCACUGUAACCCCAACUUGACCCAUCUGGACUUGAGCUCUAACAACCUAGGAAUCACUGUGUCCAUGAUGAUUUUCAGAACUUUGAGGCACCCAUCCUGCAGCCUCAAGUAUCUCUGACUGGAGAAAUGCAGCCUGCCGGUGGCCAGCUGUCGGGACUUGGCCUUGCUUCUCAUCAGCACCCAUAGAAUGACUCGCCUCUGCCUGGGAUUUAAUCAGAUCCAAGAUGCUGGCGUGAAACUUCUGUGUGCUUCCCUCGCUCACCCCAAAUGUCUCUUAGAGAGGCUGGUGCUCUGGUUCUGCCAGCUUAGUGCAGCAAGCUGUAGGUACUUGUCAAACGCCCUCCUCCAGAACAAACGCUUGACACACCUGAAUUUGAGGAAGAAUAACCUGGGAGAUGAGGGAGUGAAGUUUCUGUGUGAGCCCCUGCGUUGUCCAGAUUGCAACCUGCAAGACCUGAACUUGUCAGAUUGUUCUUUCUCGGUGGAGGGCUGCCGGGAGCUUGCUGAUGCCCUCAGGCACAAUCAGAGUCUGAAAAUUUUGGAUCUUGGGGAAAAUGAUGUUCGUGACAAUGGGGCGAAGGAGCUGUGUGAGGUUCUGAAGCAUGUAAAUUAUGCACUGAAGACCCUUGGGUUGGAGAAAUGCAAUUUGACUCAUAAUUGCUGCCAGCAUCUCUGCUCUGUGCUCAGAAACAAUAGAAGCUUGGUUCAUCUGAACCUUUUAGGAAAUGAUCUGGGGCCUGAUGGAGUCAACAGGCUGUGGACAUCCUUGAAAAAAUCAACAUGCCAACUGCAGAAACUCGGGUAA